AUGAACUGGGCCUUCCUUGAAGGCCUCCUUAGCGGGGUGAACAAAUAUUCCACGGCGUUCGGUCGCAUCUGGCUCGCCAUCGUCUUCAUCUUCAGGCUCUUGGUCUUCCUGGUGGCCUGCGAGAAGGUCUGGGGCGACGAGCAAAAGGACUUUGAUUGCAACACGCGGCAGCCCGGUUGUCACAAUGUCUGCUACGACCACUACUACCCCGUCUCCUACACCCGACUCUGGGCUCUCCAGCUGAUCUUUGUCACCUGCCCGUCCUUUCUCGUGACGCUCCAUGUGUCCUACCGAGAAGAACGUGAGCGCAAACACCGGCUGAAGUACGGAGAAAGCUGCACGCCUCUGUAUGAUGACACAGGGAAGAAGCGAGGGGGUCUGUGGUGGACCUACUUCCUUAGCCUGCUGUUCAAGAUAACGGUGGAUGGCGUGUUUGUCUUCCUGCUCUUCUACAUCUACGAGGCCACGUUCUUCCCACCGUUGGUGAAAUGCAGCAUAGAGCCGUGUCCCAAUGUGGUGGACUGCUACAUCGCCAGGCCCACAGAGAAGAAGAUUUUCACAGUUUUCAUGGUGGUGACCAGCUUCGUGUGCAUCUUCCUCACUCUUUGCGAGGUCUUCUACCUGUGUGGGAAGAGGUUCUGGGAGUGCAGCGGAAGAGGAACUCGCUCAGUGAGGGACAACUCCUUCAUGAUGACCAGAACUCCUCUGACUGGGAAGCAGAACUCAACGUUCAAAGAGCCGGUUCCGGAGAAGGCCAACAUGGUCGACAACGGCAGUUCAGGAUCUGGGAAAGCGAGUUCAGCCCCAGCGUACAGCAUAGCAAUCUCCUGA